UCGUUUAGGUACAUUAGUACAUUCUGUCUGUAAUCUCUCAGGGUGCUGGUCGGUUCGGCGGAAUUUAGCUUAAAUGUGAUACAUUUGUUAUAACAGAACCCACCAGCCAGUGUUCUAGAAGCGUCUAGAAAAACUCUAGCGUAAUUAUCUCGCGUUGCGUGUGUUUCAUUGUACAGUUAGUGACUUGUACAUUUCGCGUGUGUGGAAAACCGUUAGCUUAGCCGGCUAAGCAGGACGGUUGUGUUAGCAAAUAAGUAAUAAUAAUAACAUUAAAGGUGACAGAGCGAAGCAGAGAGGAGACAUGGGGUCCAGAGCAUCGUCUUUACUGAGGGAGGAGGACAUCGAGGAAAUUAAGAAGGAAACCGGAUUCUCGCACAGUCAGAUCACUCGACUCUACAGCCGAUUCCACAGUCUGGACAAGGGCGAGAACGGCGCUCUCAGCCGUGAAGACUUCCAGAGAAUCCCAGAGCUGGCCAUCAACCCUCUUGGUGAUCGGAUAAUCAAUGCCUUCUUCUCAGAGGGGGAGGAUCAGGUGAACUUCCGAGGCUUUAUGAGGACGUUAGCGCACUUCCGGCCCGUCGAAGACAACGAGAAGAACAAAGACCCCAACAUCGAACCUCUCAACAGCAGGAGCAACAAACUGCUCUUUGCCUUCCGUCUCUAUGACCUGGACAGAGAUGAUAAAAUCUCUCGAGAUGAGCUGCUCCAGGUGCUGCGGAUGAUGGUAGGUGUGAAUAUUUCUGACGAGCAGCUGGGCAGCAUCGCAGACCGGACCAUUCAGGAAGCCGAUACCAACGGAGACAUGUGCAUCUCCUUCACCGAGUUCAUCAAGGUGUUAGAGAAAGUGGAUGUCGAGCAGAAGAUGAGCAUUCGCUUCUUGCACUGAUCACCAUUCGCUUCCCUGCUGGACUGAACUCUAAAUCGAGGCCAUUCACGCCAUGUGGGACCCGCUGCUGGUCUGUUGCAUUUCGGCCUCUUCGGCUCCGAUCUCUCGUCUUACAGCCGUAGUAGUUUUGUCUCUCUCUCUAUAUAUAUUUUUUUAUUAUUUAUUUCUUCUAUCGAAUCUUUGCUUGCAAUCACACUCACAUUGUUGUUUGGAUCAAACGGAAUAUCCAUGUGCCUUCAGUUGUCGACUCGGUCAGUCUGACUGUAUUCUUUUAUUUAUUCUGGAUGAUUCCACUUGUUAUUCUGUGCAACAUAGUGAUGGAGUACUUUGAACACAUCUUGUGGGUUUUUAUAUUCAGAGCCAAAUCUGUUGCUUUUAAUAUAGUGUAUGUCUUAAUCAACUUACCAUUGACUUUCUAAAACCACCUCUAACUUGACACUUUACUGUCUUUUUUUUUGUUGUUGUUGUUGAUCUUUGGAGUUUGAGAACUUCAGAAACAAUCCCUAAUCAUGUUUUUGAAUAUAGCGCAGACGAGAUGAGCAAAGGAAAGUAUUGCAAUAAAGGCUUACCUUGGAGUCUUUUCUCCAGUCGAAUUUCCUGAAAGCAUUCCAAAGCUUUCAGCUUUACUUUUUGUUGGUCAUUAAGACAAAGAGACAUAUUAGAUAUAUUACUUGUAUAUCUAAUAUAUUCAUACUAAACAACACUGUUAAUGUGUGCUAUUUUUUUUUUUGACUGCCUUAAGUGAUCAAAUGUUGUUUAUUUAUAUUGCAUACACUACCUGCUUUAGCAAAUAUAAACUUGGCAUCACUGCUGAUUAUGGAAAUUCUCUUUCGUUGUCUGUGUAAUGUUCUGGAUAGUCGCUGAUAAUGAUUCUGGAUUUGUAACCUUAAUGGAGUCAAUCAGCUUCAUUCUUUUACUACUCAGUGGGAUUUAUUAGGUAUAUAUUCUGUCAUACAAAUGUUCUGGGGAAAGAAAGAACAUGUGAUUUUGGUCAAAUAAAAUUUCAAGUGCCA